AGAAAAGCCGGAGAGAGACAGACAGACCGACCGACCAGAAGCGCUGGAGAAACUGAGGUUCUCGGAAAGCCCGGUGGAGCGAGAGGCCGAGACAGGCAGGGACUCGAGGCACAGGAGGCUACCGAGACCACUGAAACAAGGACACACCGGGCGUACAGAGUUACCGGUGGACAGACCCGAGGCAUAGGGGCCGUCCUAGGCUUUGUGGAGCAUUUUCAGAAAAAGCAUACGUGGGACCCCAGCGAACACAUUCCCUAGGGCCCUUCCCCGGGCCUUGGAGGUGCCCUGAGGCUUCGGCGUCAUUGGCCUCAUGCUGAAUCUGCUCUCUGAGGCCUGCAGAGACGCUCAGAGACUAGAGACAGAGACAUUCAGGCGUGCAGAGGUGGCGAAAGAGACUUGGAUGCAGAGACAGAGAAAGGGAGGUGGUGGGGAUUGAGACAUUCAGCCAUGUAGACAAGAAGAGACCAAGACUUGAGAUCCACAGAGGCAUGGGCCCCCUGGGGGACAGCCAGUCAAGAUACAGAGCCGUCCAAAACCUAAAGACAGAGACCGAAGUGUGCCCAGACACAGAGAUGCUGAGUGAAGCAGAGACAGACACCAGAAACUGAGACUAAGUGGGGGCAGAGAGACCUAGGUGGGCUGACAGCUUCCAGGACAGCCCCUGACUUACCCGGGCCUGAACCAUUGGGAGGGUUCUCUCCCCUUGCCACCAUGAGCGAGUCAUUUGACUGUGCAAAAUGCAGCGAGUCCCUGUAUGGACGCAAGUACAUCCAGACAGACAGCGGCCCCUACUGUGUGCCCUGCUAUGACAAUACCUUUGCCAACACCUGUGCUGAGUGCCAGCAGCUUAUCGGGCAUGACUCGAGGGAGCUGUUCUAUGAAGACCGCCAUUUCCACGAGGGCUGCUUCCGCUGCUGCCGCUGCCAGCGCUCACUAGCCGAUGAACCCUUCACCUGCCAGGACAGUGAGCUGCUCUGCAAUGACUGCUACUGCAGUGCGUUUUCCUCACAGUGCUCCGCCUGUGGGGAAACUGUCAUGCCUGGGUCCCGGAAGCUGGAGUACGGAGGCCAGACAUGGCAUGAGCACUGCUUCCUGUGCAGUGGCUGUGAACAGCCACUGGGCUCCCGUUCUUUUGUGCCCGACAAGGGUGCUCACUACUGCGUGCCCUGCUAUGAGAACAAGUUUGCUCCUCGCUGCGCCCGCUGCAGCAAGACGCUGACACAGGGUGGAGUGACAUACCGUGAUCAGCCGUGGCAUCGAGAAUGUCUGGUCUGUACCGGAUGCCAGACGCCCCUGGCAGGGCAGCAGUUCACCUCCCGGGAUGAAGAUCCCUACUGUGUGGCCUGUUUUGGAGAACUCUUUGCACCUAAGUGCAGCAGCUGCAAGCGCCCCAUCGUAGGACUCGGUGGAGGCAAAUAUGUGUCCUUUGAAGACCGACACUGGCACCACAACUGCUUCUCCUGUGCCCGCUGCUCUACCUCCCUGGUGGGCCAAGGCUUCGUACCGGAUGGAGACCAAGUGCUCUGCCAGGGCUGUAGCCAGGCAGGGCCCUGAGCCAGGGCUCCUGGACCCAGGCUUUCCCAUACCACGGGCCCAGGACUGUGGCUCCUUUUCUAAACCACCUCUGGGACUUAGCUCCCCCCGCCAAAAAAAAUGGGUCUCCUUCUGGGCUCCAGGAUUGUCUCCCCACUCCAGCAUCCCCAAACUAGUACUCCCUGACCCAGGCCCCCAAACCUGGGCUCUUACAGAGCCUCCAUGAGUCAAGCCCCCUCCCCACACCUGGACUCCAGAAUUCACCCUCUCCCCUGCAGUCUGGGUUCCCAGACUGAGUCCUCUCCCCAAAUCAGGGCUCUAGACCCGAGCCCUCCAAACCUGGACUCUGGGACUUAGGCCCCCUUAAAUCUAGACUUCUCUUUAUAGGUUUCAGGUCUCCUAUGGGUGCCUGGGAAGUCCUCAAAAGUGGACUGUUCUCAGGCUUGACCUGCCCCACCCCAUCCCCGGGGUUGAGGCUGUGGGGGCAGCAGAUCAGGAGCCCACUGAUUAGGGGCCCUAGGGUACAGGGUGCUGCCCAGCAGGUCGCCACCGAGUGUCUUCUCAUUUUAUUUCAGCUCCAUUUUGCCCAUAGAUGGGCAGAGGGGUGAGAUUGGCUCACCCCCCUUCCAGAUUCUGCAAUAAAGCGGUGUGAGGAA